UAAAUUUACAUCAUGGCGAGCGUUUUUAUUAGCUCUCCUGACCUUAGCUUUAGUACAAGCCGAGGGUUUUGUUUUAAGCGACGUAAAAAUCGCUGUAACUACGUCCGAGUCUGUUAGAAAACUUUAUGAAAGCAUCCCUUAUCCAUCUUCUUUUGAUAAACCGAUUCAAUUAACUUCAGGGGAUGAUUUUAAAAUGAUAUUUGUCGUUACCGAUAAGCAAACACAGAAAGGAGUCCAACCACAUCAAGCUUUUUUGACAUUGACUUCAGAAGAAAAUGGUAAUCAAAUACCUAUUAUUGUACGAGUAAGAGAAAACGGAAAAGCAAAGGUCGAAUUGGAUAUGAAAUCAGCUCCUAAUGAACUUCUUUCAUCUCCCGGAAAUCAUUCUCUUGAUUUAAUAAUUGGAGCCUUUUCUCACAAUGAUCCACUCAAAUAUCACGUCGGUACUCUUGAAGUUGAUGUACCUAUACAGUCGUCAGGUCCUUCUCCGGUUGUCUAUGGACCAAAGCCAGAAAUUCACCAUAUUUUUAGGCCAGAUGAGAAGUUACCGCCAAUUUGGCUGUCAUAUAGUUUUAUGGCAAUAAUAUUGAUACCAUGGUUAUUCUUAAUUGGUGCUUGGGCAUAUAUUGGUGUGAAUGUCUCCCUGCUUGCUAAUGCACCAGAAUCUGCUUUAAUGUCCUUAAUUUUUUUGGGUACACUAUUAGGCAUUGAAAUUUUAUUUUAUAAUUAUUGGACGCAUUUAAAUAUCUUUCAAACUUUGACAUGGCUAGCUGGACUAAGUAUUGUAGCAUUUAUUACCGGUCAGAAGGCACUUAGUGGUGUUCAAAAAUGGAGAUCGAUGGGAUUAAGAUGA